AAGCUGCAUACAGGGCUGGGGGAAUCCAACAGGGUGGUUGGCCCUGCACCGCUGUCCCCUCUGGUCGGGCUGGAGGGCAGAAGACAGACAGGGUGAAAAGCCGGUGUCAGAAUGACCGAGCGCUUUGACUGCCACCAUUGCGAGGAGUCGCUCUUUGGCCAGAAGUACAUCCUGCGGGAGGAGAAGCCCUGCUGCGUGGCCUGCUUUGAGGCCCUCUACGCCAGCACCUGUGAGGAGUGCAGGAAGCCCAUCGGCUGCGACUGCAAGGACUUGUCCUACAAGGACCGGCACUGGCACGAGGCCUGCUUCCACUGUUCGCGGUGCAAGAGCUCGCUGGUGGACAAGCCCUUCGCCGCCAAGGAGGACCAGCUGCUCUGCACAGCCUGCUACUCCCACGAGUACUCGUCCCGCUGCCAGGAGUGCAGGAAGACCAUCAUGCCAGGUACCCGCAAGAUGGAGUACAAGGGCAGCAGCUGGCACGAGACCUGCUUCAUCUGCCACCGCUGUCAGCAGCCCAUUGGCACCAAGAGCUUCAUCCCCAAGGACGAGCAGAACUUCUGUGUGCCCUGCUACGAGAAGGAGCACGCCCUGCAGUGUGUCCAGUGCAAAAAGCCCAUCACCACCGGGGGCGUCACCUACCGGGAUCAGCCCUGGCACAAGGAGUGCUUUGUGUGCACGGCCUGCAGGAAGCCGCUGUCCGGGCAGCGCUUCACGUCCCGAGACGAGUCUGCCUACUGCCUGAGCUGCUUCUGCGACCUGUACGCCAAGAAGUGUGCCGGCUGCACCAACCCCAUCAGCGGACUGGGCGGCACCAAGUACAUCUCCUUCGAGGAGCGGCAGUGGCACAACGACUGCUUUAACUGCAAGAAGUGCUCCCUGUCGCUGGUGGGCCGCGGCUUCCUCACAGAGAGGGAUGACAUCCUGUGCCCCGACUGCGGGAAGGACAUCUGAAGGCCACACGUCGCUGCUCGCCUCACAGAUUUCUCUUCGUUCUCACCCAGGCCACAUGAGACUCCUCUUGUGCUUCUCAGUGAUCUUCACGUUGUCUAACCCUUUCCCCCUCUGUACUAGUUUAACCCCAGGGAAGGAGAAGACCCUAUGGAAACCUUAGGUGGGAAGAUGGUUUGAGUUUUCAUAAGCAAGCCAAGCAAACCCAAGUGCCAAAGUCCUAUUGCGUAUGUACACGUGUACCUUGCUUUCACUGCGUAUUUAAUUUCUAAGUGUAACGAACACGUCACGAACGUGCAUUUUCCACACUACAUAAGCCGUGAAGGGCAGUGCUCACGACUGUAACGCCCUGCCAGGUAAGGCCUGCAGCAGGAGUCUGUGACUUGCAAUAAAGGUAUCCAGGCCCAGUGUGUGAAGUGGUGAUUAACGUCAGGCUGUGUGCACACGGCCGCGUGGCACGCUGGCGGCUGUCCGAUGGGUUCUGGGGGCGGGGCAGCGUGAAGGGAGCUGGUCCGUCAGCACCGGGACCCCCUUGCAGCCAUCCCUGCACUCCCUGCUCCCAACUCCUCCUCUGGGAAUGUGAGGCCCUGCACCUGAAGCAGUUCCGUGAGCUUGAGGAUGAGCUGGUGACAGCGAAGGCCGUCCUGGGCCACCCGACAGCUCAGAGCCUUCAUUGUCAUGGCUCUUGCGCUGACCUGCCUUCCCUUUGUAACGUGCUGGACAGACACAGCGCCUGGAGGCCGGAGGGACGUCUCCUUCCUCUGUGUACCGGCAACCCGAGGAACUUGGGGUGUGCCGGGCCCUUCAGGGUGGCAGAGAAAGCAGAGGCGGUCCCUGCUGCACACAGCGCUCUGAGUCCGUGGCCGGGCCGGCCUGCAGUCACCCUGGAGCACGAACUGCUUUGUGGGCUAGGACCUUGCGUUUCUCCUUCAGGAACAGUAAGCUAAGGCGAGUGGUAAGUGACAGGAGACUGGCGGGAGCCCAGUCACACGGCGAGCACACGCGAGGGGCGAGGUAGUCCCGGCUGAGCGCUGUCACUGCGGGCGUGACCGUCUGGGGUGGGCCUUCCAGAUUCGGUCAGUGGGGUGCUUUGCUCCACCAGAAUAAACCCACCCUAGUUCGUUGUUGUGCCAUCUUCUUCAUGAUAUAAAAGUAAAUGCAUUCUUGCAA